GUCAAGGAUGGUCUAAAUAUAGAGGAAAUGACGAGAAUAUAUAAACGGGCUUACCGGCUUCGUCGAUUAAAAUGGCGCAAAAGGAAUCAGGUGGGCGAUUUUGCUCUAGCGAUACAAUAUGUCUCUUGUCAUUGCUCGCUCGUUUACGGUCAAGAAUCACCCAGAUGAGGAAGCAAGUGGCUAUCCAACGUCAGACAUCGAGAAGAAGACAGUGAUAAGUGUGACGCAGGAGUCUACCGCCGCUUCCACAGAUGAAGUACUCAGUGGCUCCCACAAGAAGAAACGGAUUUGGUUCCGGCGAUCUCAGACCCCUGAUCCUAAUGCCAUUGCGACACAACCGUCGGUGUAUGAUGACCCUGACCUUGUUGAGGAAUACAAACCACGUCCCGAUUGGGAAGGCAUUCAUCGCUUCGAUCCGGCAGCAAGAUGGACCUGGGCUGAAGAAAAUAAAAUCGUCAGAAAGCUGGACCUCCGUAUCAUUAUAUGGGCCUGCAUUAUGAUAACUGCCCUGGAGCUCGAUAAGUCUAAUAUUCAGCAAGCCAAUGCCGAUAAUUUCCUGACCGAUAUCCGCCUAAGUCGUGAUGAUUACAAUUUGGGCAACACAUUGUACAGACUGUGCUUCAUGUUCAGUGAAAUACCCACCCAGAUCAUCAGCAAGAGGAUUGGCUGCGACAGGUGGAUUCCUAUACAGAUGAUUGCGUGGUCGAUUGUUGCUAGCUGCCAAUUCUGGCUAUCCAACAGAGAGUCCUUCCUGGUCUGCCGAGCUUUGAUAGGAUUGGUUUCAGGAGGCUUCACGCCCACGGUCAUCCUUUAUCUUUCGUACUUUUACAAGCACCAUGAGCUAUCGAUACGUCUUGGAUACUGGUAUGCAGCAUCCUCUUUGGCCGAUAUGCUGGCAGGAAUUCUUGCGUAUGGGAUCCUCCACCUGGGCGGUCAUGGUGGGCAAGCUGGUUGGCGAUGGCUCUUCUUGAUUGAGGGCCUCCUCACCCUGGCGUUAGGCCUUCUUGCUAUUGUUCUACUGCCACCUUCAGCGACACAAACAGCUCACUGGGCCCGUGGGAAGAAGGGCUGGUUUACAGCGAGGGAGGAGACCAUCAUGGUCAAUCGCCUCUUACGAGAAGACCCAAGUAAGGGCUCAAUGCAUAAUCGCCAACCACUAACAGCCAAGCUUGUAUGGAUGAGUAUCAAAGACUUUGAUAUGUGGCCGUUAUACAUUGUCGGAAUGCUGUUUUCGGCACCCUAUACUACUGUUUCGCAGUAUUUUACAUUGCAGUUGAAGGAUUAUGGGUUCAGCACCUUCAACACCAUCUUACUAUCCCUCCCUUGCAGUGUCAUCGGAAUCAUAACAAGAAUUCUCCUCACUUAUGCAGGAGAGAUAUUCGGUUCACUUGCCUGGAUGGGAGUUGUGGCGCAGCUUUGGUGCUUGCCGUUCCUCAUUUACAUGAAUGUGGUGAACCUGAGCGAAGCCAACAAGUGGAUCGUAUGGAGCGUUCUUACGCUCUUCCUCGGGUUCCCUAACGCUCAUGCUCUCCAAGCUGGAUGGGUAUCCCGCAAUUCGAACAGCGUGCGAACUCGGGCUAUUGCGGCUGCGAUAUACAACAUGUUUGUACAACUAUCUGCCAUCAUAGCUUCGAACAUAUAUCGGGAUUGGGAUGCACCACGUUAUGUGGUCGGAAACCGAGUACUCUUGUCUAUUGUGUGUGUCAACAUGGCUAUCUACUUGGCGACCAAAGCGUACUAUAUGCUACGGAACCGACAACGGGACCGGAAGUGGAACGCGAUGACUAAGGAUCAACGAGUCGACUAUGUUGCAAACACAAGAGAUGAGGGAAAUCAGCGGUUAGAUUUCCGGUUCGCACACUAG